GAGAGAAAAAAAAAAAGGAGCGGAACGAGGCUUGGAGAGAGAAGAGACCAAACCCGAUCGAUCGAUCGCCGCAUCUCACCUCAUGGCGCUGCGUAACCUUGUGACCAGGAUGGGGACCCCGGCCGCCGCCGCUCUCCGGCCGCCGUCGGUAUCCCGCGGGGCGCAGGCGGCGCGCUCUCGGCCCUUCUCCCGUCAGGUUGAACACGAGGAUAUUUCCAAGAUACGUGCUAAAAAGAAGUAUGAGUUCAGUCUGUUCCUCCUUGAACGGUCAGAAAAACAGCUGGAGUCUGCGAAGGUCUGGGCUCAGAGGUUUCAAAGGGCAGACAAGUACCUGGGUUGGACUCUCAAGGUGGUCAUGCCUGCUUCUCUUGUGGCUGUGAUAGCAGGGUCCAAGUAGGCGAUCAAAUGUCCAUUCGCUGUUUUGUUUAUUGAUGAUGGCAUGUGUUAUGUACGGGCGCUCUACUUAUGGCUCUUGUGCACUUUGUCUAUAGCAUGUUAUGUAAGUCUCGGCUUAUGGCGGUUCGAAUAUGAUCACUAUGAUGAUGAUAACAUUACCUGGUGAAAGAUGAGCCGGGCAGUUUUA